AUGUGGGUGUCCAAGGUCACUCUGCCAGAGCCGGAGUUCGAUGUGCGCGAUGCCAUUCUCCGCGCAAUUGACGAUCUGAAGACCGGGGACGAGACCUUUGAUGUCCCGGCUAUUGCUCCGGUUGAGGCUGAAUGGACUGGCUACCGCAGUGGCGUGGGAAAGAACACUCCCCAGCCUGAUCUCACAGAGGCUGAGAAGUACGCUGAGCUGCGAAAGGAGUCCCCCUCUGAUAUGACGAUCUUGUAUCUCCACGGCGGUGCAUACUUCUUGAUGGAUCCCUGCACGCACCGCGUGCCUGUUGCACAUCUGUCCCACUUGACUGGGGCCCGAGUCCUAUCAGUGCGGUAUAGACUUGCGCCGCAAAAUCCAUUCCCUGCUGCACUGGUCGAUGCCCUGACUGCCUAUCUGUCACUCAUUCACCCGCCGCCAGGCGCAUUACACGAGCCCGUUCCAGCGAACAAGAUCGUGGUGGCCGGUGACUCUGCCGGUGGAAACCUAUCCCUCGUCCUGCUCCAGGCUCUGAUGACUUUGAAGCGUGCCUCGCGAUCUAUUCGCUUCCACGGCAAGGAAAUUGACAUUGAGCUGCCUGCAGGAGUGGCUACUAUUUCACCUUGGUGCGAUGUCAGUCGAUCAAUGCCCUCCAUCAUUCGUAAUGCCAAAUUUGAUUACCUUGAGUCUCCACCCGGCUCUUCUCUGAAUUCAGACGACGUCCCAUUCGCUCCACUUCCAUUCCCUCCGGAUGCGCUGUGGCCGAUGUCCCCGCCGCGUGUGGACAUGUACUGCAACGCCAACAUGGUCCUUCACCCUCUCGUCUCCCCACUGGCAGCAAGCCCAGAUCUAUGGAAAGAUGCCCCGCCAGUGUUUAUUUCAACAGGAGAAGAAGGUCUUACCGAUGAAGACUUAAUCCUCGCCCGCCGGAUGCACCAAGCAGGUGUUCCUGUCAUCACGGAGCAGUUCGAGGGCAUGCCCCAUUGCCACGGCUUGCUCAUGAUUUCGACACCAGCAGGGAAGCGAUUCUUCAAGGGAUUGGCGGAUUUCUGCCGCGAUGCUGUGGCUGGCCGGGUCAACCCAACGGGGUCUUUGACCUACCUCGGUUUCCAGAUGCAAUCUAUCCGGGAGAUUCCUCUCGAGAAGGCUUGCGGUAUUAGCGAUGACGAAGUUGAAGCGCGCAUGCACCGAAAUCUCGAGGCUCGAAUGGAGGCUGAGAAGGACUUGCUGAAGGCCUGGAGUGAGCGCGCGAGGCUUUGA